UAGUCAGUGUCAGUGUCAAUUGUGAGUUAACGUAUUGUCAUUCUUCGUGCACAGAAAUAUAUGAAAUUCUCUGAAAUUUCUGCUUUUCUUGUCGUAAUUAGAGCAUUAUAGCACUUGCUAAUUGCGCAGAAAUAAUAAACAAAAAUAAACAUCAACUUUUCUCUUUGUUCUAACAGAAUGAGCACCGUUGAACAUUAUGACAUCUGUUUGUUUUGAUCAUAAGUUCACAUAUUAAUUAAUUUGCAUUAGUUUAUGAACUAUAAAAUAAAAAUGGAAGGUAGUGGUUGGAGAAGCAACAUUGUUAGCCAAUUGCAGGCUAGAAAUAAAUGCGAAACUGUGGCUUUUCAGGACAUAAUAUCUUUUCAGAGCAGACUGUUUGAUAAUGUGAAUACAUUAAAGAAUGAAAACCUGCAAUUAACGUUAUUGAAUGAAAGAAUACGGUUUACGGGAACAGAUAGCGUGUUAUCAGGCACCGGAACUGCCAACAAUGAAAGGAUUCAGGCUUUGGAACAAAAAAUUCUUAUCCAACAAGAAGAACUCACAUCUAUGCACAGACGGAGAGGAGAGAAUGCUCAACAGAUAAUGAGUCUCAAUGAGAAAGUGCAUGAGUUAGAGAAACAAUUACAAGCAAAAGAUAUAGUAAUUUCAGAAACAACUGCUGUCAUAGCAUCCCUUCGUGCUGAAAUACAAAUGUAUGAAACAAAUAUGGCUGAAUUGCAAGGACUCAAUCAAGUUUUAAGAGACGAGCAUCAGGCAUUACAAAUUGCUUUUGCAUCAAUAGAAGAGAAAUUAAGGAAAGCACAGGACGAAAAUCGGUCGUUAGUGGAGAGACUUAUAAAGUACAAAGCUAAAGAUGCGGAUAAAAUGAAUGAAGAAAAUGAACAUUUCCUCAAGUCAAGCAACCCUACCGCGUUUUUCAUCAACACGUUUGGUAGAGUUAGUUUCGGAAAGAAAAGUGAUAAGGUGCGGAAAGAACUGGAGGAGGCGGCUAGAGAAAGUGGUAGCCGGAGUAGUGGCUCAGGCAGCUCUGAGGACAAGAUACUGGAGUCGAUGCCUUUUUACGCAACUGUUCUACCUAAUAAGGUUGCAUUGAGAUUUGAUGCUCAUGAUGGCGAAGUCAAUGCUGUGAAAUGGAGUCCGACGGACAGAAUCGUGGCGACAGGCGGUGCCGAUAGAAAAGUCAAAUUGUGGGAUGUUACUAAAAGUAUGGUCGAAAGCAGGGGUACAUUAGUCGGUUCUAACGCUGGCGUCAUGUCAGUAGACUUCGAUGCGACGGGAGCGUACAUCGUAGGAGCUUCGAAUGACUUCGCGAGUCGCGUGUGGACAGUCGCCGAUCAGAGAUUAAGGCACACGUUGACGGGUCACAGUGGGAAAGUAAUGGCUGCUAAAUUCCUCGGGGAGCCAACCAAAGUCAUUACGGGAAGCCACGACCGAACGCUCAAAAUAUGGGACCUUAGAAGUAAAAUGUGUACAGAGACAAAGUUUGCGGGAUCAUCGUGUAAUGACCUGGUGACGUCAGACGGGGCGGGCUCCACGAUCAUAUCGGGACACUUUGACAAGAGGAUCAGAUUUUGGGACAUCCGCACAGAAAUGUCCGCGAAUGACAUCAUGCUGCAAGGCAAAGUCACGUCGCUGGAUCUCAGUAGAGAUAACAAUUAUCUGCUGGCGUGCGUCCGUGAUGACACAAUACAGCUAAUAGAUCUCAGGAUGAACACAAUCGUCCGUUCCUUCAGUCACGAGUCGUUCAAGGUGGGUUGCGACUGGUCGCGCGCGGCGUUCGGUCCGGGCGGGCGCCUGCUCUCCGUCGGCGCGGCGGACGGCGCGGCCUACGUGUGGAACACGCACUCCGGGCGACUGGAGACCAUACUCAAAGAUCAUACGUCGGCAGUGACGGCGGUGUCCUGGCAUCCUCAGUCUGGUUUGCUGGCGUCAGUGGACCGCGGCAAGCGCGCCAUAAUAUGGGGAGAUUUGUGACAAGCCUGGGAGGCGCCCCUGCCAACGCCUUCCGACGUACAGGUUGUCAGAGAUGACGAAAACUCGAGGACCGAACCCGACUCUGGAGAAGUGUUCGACUUCUUGCGCGGCAUCACCACAGAUAUACUUCAUCGAUUCACGUAACAGGAACAUAAGUAAUUCACUUGAAGAUUGAAUGCGUUGAUCAUGCUCCAUAUUUCAUAACGGACGAGUACCAUCCACUCCGUACUGAGAAAUGAGAAAAACGUCUCGAAAACAGCGAAAGGAAUGUCAAAAUAUCUUCAUAUAUUUUUAUUAAUAAUUUUAUUAUUGAAGAGGUGCUACAAUACGUGUUUCAAAUCUUUUUAAUACAGACUAAUGAUAAUGUGUCCCAGCUCUAAACAAUAAUACCUCGUAGGCCAGUCGUAAUGUAUCGUGUGGCUUUUCCAGGCGUGCGUUGUGCCGUGCUCCCACGUGCACCUCACUGACGAGAAUUGAAAGCAUUAUAGUGCUGUCUGGUGUCGAACCUUCACCAACUUAGAAUGUAAGCCGUCUUCCGUCAAUUGUACCUAUAGUUUGAUUUUCCAUUCCUAUAUUAAAUGGUUUGCAUUGUUCUCUGCAUUUUUAAAAUAGGAAUCGUGCACAGAACAAAGCAAUAAGAUAUUUUAUAGAGCCCUGAAUGUGCGUUAGUGUUGUGAAGCUUUCAAGGCGAUGCGUGAUUUUUUCUGUUUAUAUGUUGUAGGUAGGUAAUUAUGUGAACUUGGAAAUGUUCCAUAAGUUAGGAUUAGAGAUGUUUCUUCUCUGAGAGUAACAAUACAAAUUCAAUGAGAACAAUAGCAGUAAUUCUCUACUGGUUUUUUAUACAUGAAGUAUCAUAACUAUUGAUACUACAACAUUUUAUACUCCUACGUUUAGGAUAAAUUAAUGGGGGUCAUUUAUUAUUGUCAACAUGACAUCAUAUUUGUUUUAGUUAACUGAGUUAGAUCGCGGUGGACCACCUGUGCUCCCGAAGUCUCAUUAGCAAACAAUGAUCGGGCGUCGGCGACUACCGAAGACUCGCGCGAUCAAUAAACUGUUGAGCAGAUAAGAGCGCGUCGGCUUGCCGAUUUAGGGCUGUCAUUAUUUUAACUUAGUAUACAGUCGCAUAAUUAGCUAUGUUUGUCGUAAAGCUUGCCAAAGAGCAGUGAAUAUUGUUGUGAGAAAAAUCUUGUCGAUACUUCCUGAGUUGAACGCGUCGUGAGCAAUGUCUGACGUUAAAAGAAUUAUGGGGAAUGACGCCGGUACUGACAGCUCGUCAGUCAAGAUUUCUUGCAACCUGCGGAUUCUUUGCUCCAUGUUGUCGUGUGAUGUUGGGUUUAGGUGUUUUAUAUUUCAUUCCUUUAUAAUUAAUGCCGACAGCUUCAAGUAAGUGUACAAAAAUGGCUUGCUGAGGUAUUUUAUUGUUUUUUUCUUAUUAAACUCUACAAAUAACUUUUAUAAUCAUUUUUUUAGAACUAUUCUAGAUUUCAGAUUUCGUCAUUAGUAUAUAUGGAUUGUUGUUAAAAUGUUAUAAUAUAUUUCCUAUUUUUGCAAUACUUUUUGGAAUAUGUAUAGAAGCAGCCCUACAUCGGAAGCGCGCGCACGCCGCAGGCGACACAUCCAUAUUCCUGUGACGUGUUUUGACAACUGGCUGGACGAGUUUUUAACGUAUUUUUUACUACAUUUUUUGCCAGACGGUUCAUCGACCCCGAUCCGCUCAUAAGUGUUAUUUUCUCGUGUAAUUACAUAUAUAACUGACCGCUUAAUUACUCGAAACUGCUGCGACGUCCGGACCUGGAAUCCGAUUAGAAAAAACCUAAUCCGGCGCCGCACUUAAAUUACGCUUCGUUAACCUUCGGCUCGGCUAAUAAUAGCCUACAACACCUACUUUGCAUAGGACUUUCGAAUGCACUUGUCUCUCUACAUACAACUAUUUCUUGCCAAAAAAACAUGUCAUUAUCUUCGUUUUUAACUCGUAAAUUAUAGUUGCCAAUAUUUGAAUGCAUAUUAUAUUAUAUCUAUUAUAUAUAUAUCUAUACGAAACCUUUGUUCUAACUCGUAAUAUCGGCGGCGUUAGUUAAUGAAUAUAUCGUCAGCCAUUUUUAUAACUAGUCACUAUCUUCGACGAUUAAGAUUUUCAUUUAUAUUUGAUAUAUAUUUUGAUGUGAUAAAUUAUUUUUGAUGAAAUAUUGUUUGCAUUUAGCUGUAUAUUAUGUUGUGUAUUAAAAAAGGAGUUAUUGGUUAAUAUAAAAAUGCUAAUGAAUUGUCUAAAGCAGAUACAAUUUAGGUAAUGGAUGACAUUAUGCACACAUAAGGAAGAGGUUUGUAAAUUUAAAUUUUACCAAAACUAUUUGUGUAAUUUUUUUUAAUUAGUUGAGUCAGGAGGUUGUUUUCGGUUCACAGUUGUUAAAAAAUGAGCACAAGUAAUGUCACCUACGUUAAAGUUUAAAAAAAGAAUUAUAAAUGUCUUUCGUUAUUUUUGGAAAAUGUAAUAUUCAUAUGUAUUUAGCGUAGCAUAGCAAUAAACUGAUGAUUAACGAAUUUCAUUGAGGAUUAGAUCUGUCAAAAGUAUAUGACAUCACAAGUUACUUUCUUUUGUUUUUAAUAUUACUGUUUUAAGCACAAAUAUCCUGUAUCACAAGCAUAAAAUUGUUACUUAUUAUGUAACCUGUAAUAGAUGGCAUUACACCUCUGUAUUCCAAAUAAUUUGCUGUUUGAGAAUAUUUAUAUUAAUUCGAAUAUUAUUCGAAAGAGAAACAUAAUUAGUGCCGCUCUAGCCAAGUUCCCAUACAAGACUAGUUAGCGUUAAUAGAAAGCGCUCAAAUGUAUGGAAAUGACAUUACGUUUAGAUUAGUCACGUGACUUGCACCUGUCAUCUCCAUACAUUUGGACAAUGUCAAUUUUAGAAGUGUCAUUUGCCUAAAAAGGCUGAAACGACAAUCAGAGUCAUGCUGCCUCUGUCUUUUUAAAGCGUUACGUAGAGGCAGGGAGACAACGUUUUAAAGUUACGUUCCGUUUCAGCGUUCGAGGAUGAGUCAUCUAGUUUUAUGUGGCAGAACUACAGACAGCUUACAUUUAUAAAGAAAUAUGUGCCUUUUAUUAGCUGUAAGCAAUUCUAUAUUAUACGUGGUAUAUUUAUUUAUACAUAGAGAUGUCAUAAAAUUACUAUAAAUGUAAAUUGUCAGCUUUGUACCUCAGAUUUAAAAGCUCUUCAACACUUUCACAUCAGUUUAAUGUAAAUAUUAAGUAAGUAUAGGUUAUUAUUAUACAGCUUUACAAGACUGUUGUCCUUAUUUUAGAGAAACGUUACAUCACAUGGAUAAGUUGGUGUCCUUUAAAUAAGUUGAGCGGUGAAAGCUUUUCAUUACAUUUUCUACGCGGCGUAUUGAAAUUUAUGUGAUUAGCGAUUUUUGUACACGAUGUAUGAACGCAUAAUAAAGUUUUGUAAUUGUAGAACAUACUUGCUUCAGAUAUGUUUUAAACGAUAUUUUUAUAUGAAACGUUGUACAGUACAAACGUUUGUGAAAAAUGUAACGACAAUUUGGUCAAGCGCAUUAAAUAAAAUGUAUCUACUUCGUCACUUUUAUUCUUCGAAUUGUACCUACAUAUAUUCAAUAUAAAAAAAUAAAUGUGUUAUUAUUACGGA